GCCAAUUACAUGCCUAUCUCAUAACCAUGACUGGACAGGAAGCCGCAUUGAUAUUCUCGCCACAAUUCCAUCCCAACAUCAAUGAAUAUACCCUAAUUGAGCUACCAAAAGAAGUCUUGGAUCACUUGCCAAAUAAUGAGAAUGAGAAUUCGGGAAGUCUUAUAAUAAGGGGCCUCGAGACGGACAAUGCUGUAGUGUGCACCAAAACAAUGACUUAUUCCAUAAGCAAUGUGCAAAGUUCAAAUACAAUGCUCUUCGCGCGACCUACAGGCGACCAUUCACAACCAACCCUCAACACUGGCUAUGAAAUUCAAGAUUCCUUAUCAUCUUAUUGGGAACUGACACCAUGUCAGCCGAGGGUGGAUCGGUUGCGAACGGUGUUGGAAGAUGCGCCAUACCGAGGGCCAACUGAGGAGGCCAGAACGCAGGCCCGACGGAGCAGAGAGAAUGAGGAAGUCGAGCUCCAUACGACAAAGUCUCUUCAAAACAUUAUUCAAGCAAGUGAUGCUGAACUGUUGCAAGGACUGGAAACUUUAGGGGCUUUGGAGAUUGAUGGAUUCUGGCGAUUGGUCGAUCCCGGCUAUCAAGAGUCAAUCCUCAAAUUUUUAUUAGUAUCAGCUGUGGCGGACGACAUACCCUUUGAUCGACUGCCUCUGUCGCAUUGUGUUUCGAUGAUGGCAGAAGCGGAUGCACCAGAUUACAUAGUGCGGCAUACGUUGAUACGCUUUUCGGAGAGCCCAGACGUAUCGGGUGACAGAGACCCAAUAUUCAAGCUCUCGGAACAUAAAAUUGGGCGGUUUUUUGGCAAACAGCUGCUGGCCAAUGCUGAAACUCGACGGACCAAAUUAAGCACAUUUCUAAAUCGAUGGCGAGAAGCUGUCCCUGAACCAUUUCAUAUCGAUCUGCCAAUGCUGCAAGGUCUUUUUUUAUUAGAGGAGGAACCCAAUGGGUCCGUCAUCCAAUAUUACCCCAAGGACCUAUUGCCCAUGCACGAAAAGCCACGAUUCGAAGCUCUAUUCCAAGUACGCAAACGAUGGGCUCAUGAAGAUAUUGUGCCUUACAUUUCGGAUUUGGCUCCGACGACCAAGCAGCUAGAUGCCAUCCUCCUAAAAUACGCUAGAAUGUUUAAAGUCGGGCAACAAACAAUGUAUACGUCAAGGUUUACCUACUUCAAAGGGCGAUAAUGAAACGACAGUCAAAAGAAAUAAGAGCAUCUUGGCGACAAAAGAAAUAGACUCGAUAUAUGCCAGUAUAUGUACACAAUAUCCUUGACCUUCCCUCUAUAUACGAAUAUCUAAUCAUAGUGAUAUGCCAUUGUCCCAGAUUCCCAA